CCAUUGGAUCAAACGAUAUAACAUAUACCAAAAACUCAGUAUUCAUUUAUUCAUUAAAGGUAUUAUGGAAAUUUUGACUAUAAAACUAUGGGGUCAAUGCCAACUAACACUCUCCACACCCAAUAAUUUAAUGCCACGUGGCCUUGACACAUCACACCAUCCACUCACCCUUUCUCUCUCUUACACACAAACCACACGCAUGCAACACAUAUCUAACACACACUUACAUACAAUGCAAAGCUGCACGGCCAGUCGCCGGAUGUCGGCCCACCUCCAGCCUUGCCGUUGUCAUCUUUCCCAACCGCCCCAGUUUUUGUCCUUGGUCGCCUCAGUCGCCGGAGAUAGAAGCUGCAGAGACGCCGAACGCCAUAGAGACACCGUCAUCUUCCUGCCCUUCCUGCCUCCUAGCGCCACCGACCGUAACUUCAAUUUGUCGGCUUU